CCCAUGAAAAUAUUUAAUAAUAUAAAUUCAGGCUUGAGCUAACAAUAAAGAGUAAUAAAUUAUCAAGAAAAAAGAAAGAAAGAUGAAGAAAGAUGAAGAUAUGAAAAAAAUGAAAUUUAGUGAUGACAAUAAGAAGAAAUCAAGAUUAAAAAAGAAUCGACCAUCAAUUGUAUCAAAUUAUUCGUUUGUCUCCCUUAGCGAGGUAACCCAAGGAAGUUUGGAAGUGUGGAGACAACUUCCAGAAAAAAUCCGUCAAGAUCCGAGCUUAGCAUCUUUCCGUCAAGAACAUGAGCGCUUGCAUGAUAGAAAAGUACAAGGUACAAACGAAACUACCUCAUGCAAAUCUUUUUAA